UCUGAAAGUCAUCUUCUUCUCCCGACUUUCAUGAACAAAAGAAGAAGAAUCCAACUUCUUCUGUUCAGAUUCGCAUGUUGAAAUUAUCUGGACAAAAUCAAACCUAUUAAUGAGCUGAUCUGAAGAAAUUACUCUCGAAUUUAAUCGUCCUGAUUGUCGAUUUCUGUCCUAGGGUUUCAAAAUCCGCAGAUUCUCGAAACCCUAAUCGUGCGAGGUUUACUUGUGACCAAAAUACAGUGAAGCGAUGGAGACAGAGAUGGAGUUCUCUGACGGUGAACAAACUAAUGCUUAUGCACAUGUUACCGCCUCCCAAUACUUUGCUUCUCCGGUUUAUAAUAGAAGUCUUGUGGCUGCUUAUGGAAACUCCGCCGUUGGAUUAGAAAAAGGGAUAGAAACGAUACAGGAUCAUCAGGAGAACCUACCUGGUUAUAUCUUUAUGUGUAAUGGGAGAACCAAAACCGAUUGCUACCGCUACCGCGUUUUCGGGAUUCCAAGAGGAAGAAAAGACGUUGUUGAGAGUAUAAAACCAGGCAUGAAGCUUUUCCUCUAUGACUUUGAGAAGAGACUUCUUUAUGGUGUGUAUGAAGCUACUGGUGGUGGCAGGUUGGAUAUAGAACCUGAAGCUUUUGAUAAGAAAUAUCCAGCUCAGGUUGGAUUUAGAAUUGUCAUGAACUGUCUUCCCUUGCCAGAAAACAUUUUUAAGUCUGCUAUCUAUGAAAAUUACAAAGGUUCCAAAUUUAAGCAAGAACUUUCUCCUCACCAAGUUAUGUCUCUGUUAUCAUUGUUUCGUCCAUUUACUGCUCCAGAACUCGAUUUGUUGCCUAAUAGGUUGGCUUACAGAGCUUCAGCACCUAGGACUCUAUCUUUUGAGGAAAGGUUCAUAGCGGCUACACAAGUUAGAAAUGCUUCAUCGGUUUUAGAUCCUCUGUCUGCUCGUCAUGCAGAACCACGACUUAGCUCUCUUAUGGCCCAUCAGUCUGUUCCCCGCACAUCUCUGCUCCAACAUAGUUGCUCUAGACAAGACGACUACACAACCCCACCUAGAGAAAGUCUGUCAAAUUUGAAUCAGCCUUAUUAUCCUACAGAAGCUCGGCAGCAACGGUUGCUCGGAGACCCGUCUCGGUCAGAUCCUCCUCGGUCAGAACCUCCGCGGUCAUCUAUACAGGACCCACAACUCAAAUACCUAACCAUUUUAUCUAAUAUUCGGAGAUAUGGAUCUGCCUCAGAUCGCUUGGCCUCAGAAAAUGAAUAUUAUCCGGCAACACCAUCAGAGAAGGACCAGUUUGCUUCACCUUAUUCCGAUAAUAAAUAUUACCCUUCGACAUUAUCUGCGAAUGAGCAUCCUUCUGCUUCUGCAGCUAAUGGGAGUGUGUAUAGAAGUGAGUUCUAUACUUCAGCAUCACAAAAAGAAGGGGAAGCUAGUGAGCAGCAUGAGAUCCCUUCUGGGACUUACAAUCAUCCAGAAGCAUCUACAGUUUCAUAUACUACAGUGUCCAUCCAACCAGAUAUGCAGGCAGUUAGUGUUGCUCAAUCUCAUACCAAGACAGCUGGCUAUCCUACACCGGCACAUGGUGAAGCUUCACAACCACCUGCUGGAGCAAUUGGUUACACACACCAACCUCAAACUGUAGCGGGUAAUUAUAGCACGAAUUCACAGCCUGGGAAUGUGGAAGAAAGUACACAAUCAUAUGCUGGAACAGAUAGUUACUCACAACAGCAAUAUUAUGCAGCUAUGGGGCAUACUACUCAACUCUAUGCUGGUGGAACCGGAUAUAUUCAAAAACCCCAUGAAAUUGGGUACGCUCAGCAACCCCAUGCUGCAGCAACCGGGUACUCUCAGCAACCUCAUGCUGCAGCAACCGGGUACUCCCAGGUACCCUAUGCUGCAGCAACCGGGUACUCCCAGGUACCCUAUGCUGCAGCAACCGGGUACUCCCAGCAACCCUAUGCUGCAGCAACCGGGUACUCUCAGCAACCCUAUGCUGCAGCGACCGGGUACUCUCAGCAACCCCAUGCUGCCACAGCCGGGUAUUCUCAGCAACCCCAUUCUGCAGCGACUGCGCACGCUCAGCAAUCCCAUGCUGCAGCGACUGCGCACGCUCAGCAAUCCCAUGCUGCAGCGACCGCGCACGCUCAGCAACCUCCUUCUGCAGCGACCGCGCACGCUCAAUACACAACACAACCACAUGCUCAAGCUGUUGAAUACACAAUGCAACCACAUGCUCAAGCUGUUGGUUACAUGCCGCAAUACCAUGCUCAAACUGUUGUAUACAGUCAACAAGGUGUAACGCAAGGUUCUGUACCAGGGACUCCUGGGACUGCUGAUUGGAAUGCUGCAAACCAGGCAUAUUCUGCAACAGGAGACUGGAAUGUGGUGAAUCAGUCUUAUUACCCUCACACAGCAGAUGCAACCACAACCUAUUAUCAAACAUCUUGAAACGUGAAAGCAAAGUGUUACUAAUCUGGAUCUGAGCAACUUGUGUGUGGUGGGGAAAAGCAUGGACUCAAACUGAUGCGCUCACUGGACAAUAAGGUCAAGGACAUAAAGGCUAGAGUCUCCAGCUCCGUUUACUGUAAGUUUAAAAGUUCUACGUUAUGGUUUGAUCAUAUUCAUGAGGAAAUUCCUCAAAACAUCAAAAUUUCUCUAAGUCCCGCUUCAGGAGUGCAAUCUGAAAUGCAAUUCUGAUUGGGAUUUAAACUUAAUAAUACAUAUUAUAACUCUGUUAUCAUUACUUAUCCUAAAACAUUUCUUGUAGUAUGUUCAUGUUUAAUACUUGGGAUUUGCUAUUA